AUGGAGGCGAUCAGGGUCAGUGGGCUGGAUGGAUCGGCCAUUGCUGUUCAUCUCAAUGGUGCCACGGUGACAGAGUGGAAGAAUCAGCGCAGUGAUAAUGCCUUCUUCGUGUCGGAGCGUUCAGAGUGGCAAGAGGGUCGCCCAAUUCGAGGUGGGAUCCCUCUGGCCUUUCCCCAGUUCGCCGGUGAUGGGCCUCUGCCCAAUCAUGGGUUGGCUCGCACGCUGCCCUGGACUGUCGCCGAGCAGGCCACCGGCUACAUUCAGCUCUGCCUACAAGAAUCGGCCGCGUCCCGGGAACUGUGGCCGUAUGCCUUUGACGCAACUUAUUCCGUGACCUUUAAUGCGUCCAGCUUCAGCUCGGUGUUAGAAAUUACCAACCCUCAUGCACGCGCGGCAGGCAGCGCCAUGCAGUUCCAGGCUCUGCAACACACCUACUAUCAGCUUGAUGCAGUGACAACCCUGCAGCUUUCAGGACUGGAGGGUCGCACCUUUCUCGACAAGUUGACAGGGAAGAGCCCCAAACAAGCCCCAAUGACGCCCCUGACAAUCCAAGCAGAGACCGAUGCCAUCUUCGUUCCUUCACAAAAUCCUCGCCCCGUGCUGCUCCAACUCGAAGGAGCACCCGUGAUUUGGAAUCCUUGGAUCGCCAAGAGCGCCGCCAUGGCUGAUUUUGGGGACGAGGAGUACCAGCACAUGGUUUGCAUCGAGCCAGGGUGCGUCUCUCAGCCCGUGACGCUCGAGCCCGGUGCCACCUUUCGCUUGGAACAACACAUUACCCUACUGGUAUGUUAG